UUUCUGUAAAUUAUCUUCCAAUCCUUCAGGUCUUGCUUUCAGGGUGCUCAGCAGGUGGACUUGCCACCUUCCUUCACUGUGAUUCUCUCUCUCAGAUGCUCCCAGAUUCGACCAUCGUAAAAUGCAUGAGUGAUGCAGGGUUCUUCCUUGAUGUGAACGACAUAACUGGCAAUGACACCAUAAGAACCUUUUUCAAUAGUGUGGUUAAGCUACAGGGAGUAGAGAACAACUUAAACAAGGCGUGCUUGGCUUCUCAUUACUUCCCCAGUCAGUGCUUCUUCCCUCAAUAUAAUCUUCCUUUCAUCAGAAAUCCUUUUUUCAUUCUGAAUUCUGCUUAUGAUACUUAUCAGAUUGGCCAUAUAUUUGUGCCACCUUCAGCCGAUCCGACAGGACAUUGGAGCCGUUGCAAGUCAGAUCUGGCGUCUUGUUCUCCUAGCCAGAUCAGUAUUCUUCAAGAGAAGUGA